AGAAUGAUGAUUUUUAAGAUGACGUACGUAGCGUCGUCACCGGUAGUCCCACAAUUCAACUCGGCGCGCGAAAGCUGACUGAGGUAAACAACAGAAGAGUGCAGAGCUAGACCGAGCAAACAAUGAGCAAAAAAGACAGUGCAGGCGUCGCACAGAUCCUCGCUUACUUGAAUGAGAAAAACAGACCCUUUAGUGCUCAGGAUGUCUUUUCAAACCUACAGAAGCAGUGUGGUCUGGGUAAAACGGCUGUGGUCAAAGCGAUGGAGCAGCUGGCCCAGGAGGGAAAGAUUCAAGAGAAAGUCUAUGGAAAGCAGAAGAUCUACUUCGCAGAUCAGUCUCAGUUUGCGGAUGUGAGUGAUGCUGAACUUAAGAAGAUGGAUGCUCGUAUUGCGGAAAUCAGCACUGAAGUACAGACCAUAUCACAGAGCUGCAGGCAGCUGGAUACAGAACUGAAGGAGCUGAACAGCUCAUUAACCACAGCGGAGCUGAAGGCACAGAUCCAGGAGCUGCAGGCAGAGUGCUCUGGGUACAGAGAGAGGCUGGAUGAAAUCAAGUCUGCUAAAAACCAUGUGACCCCUGAGGAGAGGCAGAAGGUUUACAAGGAGAGAGAUACUUAUGUAAAGGAGUGGAGGAAGAGGAAGAGACUGGUUACUGAUAUGGUUGAAGCUAUUUUGGAGGGGUACCCAAAGAGCAAGAAACAGUUUCUGGAGGAAGCUGGGAUUGAAACAGAUGAGGACCAUAAAGUGACAAUGCCCAACAUCUGAUGGAGGACUCGCUGAAUAAAUUCAGAUCAUGCCAACAUUGUUGCCGGGACACCUAACCAAAUUUGGGAAGGUUGGAAAGUAAAGUAGAGGAUUCUAGGACACCGAGAGAACUGUUUUGUUAUAAAACAAUCCUAUUUAUAAAAGUGUUGAGAGAGAAAGAACAAACAAGCUGUAAAUAAGUUUGAACAUUGUUUAUUUUUCAAUUUAAAAAAAUUAUACCGAUACAAAAAUAUUUCAAGCAGAUUGUUCCACUGAAGUCAGAAAUGCAGAAGCACAGAGUCUAGUAUAGUAGUUCAGCACGAUAUAGCCUCGUUCUGUGAGCUGGCAUUUCACUCCACUGUAUGGCUUAACUUGUAAAGACGUCCCUUAUUCCAGCACAGGUCAAACAGUUGAUUGUACAAUCGUCUGUUAUUUAACAAAAGAUCUCAAUACCUAAAAA